UCGCCGCCCGCUAGCCCUGCCCGGUCCCCGGUCUUCAGCCUCCGGUCCCGGUUCCUGCCUGUCGGGAUGGUGCCGGUGUCCCCGGCCGGGCGCUGAGCCGGUCCCCCCCGGCCGCCCCUCCUGCAGCCCCCGGCGGAUGGGAGGGAGGGAGCGAGGGAGCACCGCGCUGCGGGUCACCUUGCAGGAAAAUGGGAGCCACUGCCCCAGUGUGACCUGCAUCUAAGGUACAAGAAAACAAAGACCAUUUGUCCUACUCCCUCGGACACCUCCCAGUAUGGAUGGCUUGGUGGAGCAGAACAGUGUGCUAAUGCACAAUAAGAUCACUGAAGCCGGGAAAAGGAAUGGUUUAAUUAAUACAAGGAACUUGGUGGCAGAGAGCCGAGACGGGCUGGUCUCCGUGUACCCCACCCCACAGUACCAGAGCCACCGAGCAGGCAGUCUUUCCUCUCCGGGCUGCCUAGAGAAUGGCAGGAAUGACCCUGUACAGCAGCUCCUGGACCCCAACAUGCUGCAGCAGACAGUGGAGUCUCACUACCGGCCCAACAUCAUCCUCUACUCAGAGAAUGUGCUGCGCUCAUGGGGCGAGAGCAUCAGCUCGGAGUGCUGUGAAACUACCUUCAUCGAGGACCGCUCUCCCACCAAAGACAGCCUGGAGUACACGGACAGCAAGUUCAUCGACCUCUCAGCAGAUGACAUCAAGAUUCACACCCUCUCCUAUGAUGUGGAGGAAGAGGAGGAUUUCCAGGAGCUAGAGAGUGAUUACUCAAGUGACACCGAAAGUGAAGACAAUUUCCUGAUGAUGCCACCAAGAGACCAUCUCGGCCUCACUGUGUUCUCCAUGCUCUGCUGCUUCUGGCCACUGGGGAUUGCUGCCUUUUAUCUGUCUCAUGAGACAAACAAAGCAGUUGCCAAGGGGGACUUCCACCAUGCAAGCUCCAGCUCCCGGCGAGCGCUCUUCCUGGCUGUCCUGUCCAUCACAAUCGGAACUGGCAUCUACGUUGGGGUGGCCGUGGCUCUUAUUGCCUAUUUGUCCAAAAACAAUCAUUUAUGAGCCUCAGGAAAGGGGGAGAACCAGCCACCCGGCGCCUGCACUGCAGAACCCCCCAGCAGAUCAGACUGCAUGACUUACCACAAAGAUGAAGAGACAAACACCUUCUGGGGGCAGGUACAGGAUAACGUGGGCUUGUGCAUUAUUGUAGGGUGGGAAGCUGGCUGGGGGGAUAGUUCUGCAGUCUGUGAUGCACAAGUCUUGCUUCUCUUCAUGACCCCC